AUGGGACAAGAACUGGCAAUGGACGAAAUGCGAAUCAUCCUUUUAAUGACGGUCAGGUGGUUUGAUCUCGAGGCAGUUGUGAGACCCGAAAGUAUCAGCAAGGAGCCAAGAGUGUCAUACACUGACUGGGAUACGAAGAUCGGGGAUCUUGCUUUCCAAGAGCUCAAAAUGGGAGCCUCUCCAAGAAAUGGUAUGGCGAUGCACGCAAAGAUGUCAGGCACGGCUCCGAGUUCCUAG